AUGGACAGCGGGGCGUGGGGGGCCUGCAUCCUCUGCUUCUUGAGCCUCUCACCAACUCUCUGCCCAAGCAUUUGUGCGUUCUCCCUCCCUCCUUCCUUCCUCCCUCCCUCCCUUCCCUCCUUCCUUCCUCCCGUCCCAUCCCGUCGGUCCCCGCAGGCCCUGGGCAUCGCGCACCCCGAAUGUGAGGUGGUCAGCCGGCUGAGAGAGGAGGAGAACGCGUGUCUCCCGGGACCCCAGAGGACACCCAACGGCAGCCUGGGCUGCCCCCGGACCUGGGAUGGGCUGCUGUGCUGGCCAGAGACAGGCUUCGGGGACUGGGCCACCCUGCCCUGCCCUGCGCUCUUCUCUCACUUCAGCUCUGCGCCAGGGGUGGUGAAGCGGGACUGCACCAUCACGGGCUGGUCAGAGCCCUUCCCUCCCUACGCUGUGGCCUGCCCCGUGCCCCUGGAGCUGCUGGCCGAGGAGAAAUCGUACUUCUCCACGGUGAAGGCCGUCUACACCCUGGGCCACAGCAUCUCUACCGUGGCUCUCUUGCUGGCCAUUGCCAUCCUGCUGGCAUUCAGGAGGCUCCACUGCCCCCGGAACUACAUCCACACCCAGCUGUUUGGCACCUUUAUCCUCAAGGCUGGAGCCGUGUUCCUGAAGGACGCCAUCCUCUUCCAGGGAGAGAGCUUGGACCACUGCAGCUUCUCCACUGUCCUCUGCAAGGUCUCUGUGGCCACCUCCCAUUUUGCCACCAUGACCAACUUCAGCUGGUUGCUGGUGGAAGCCAUGUACCUGACCUGCCUCCUGGCCUCCACGUCUCCCAGCACGUGGAGAACCUUCUGGUGGCUGGUGCUCGCAGGCUGGGGUCUCCCCCUGCUCUUCACUGGCUCGUGGGUGGGCUGCAAGCUGGCCUUCGAGGAUACCGCUUGCUGGGACCUGGACGACAGCUCCCCCUACUGGUGGAUCAUCAAAGGGCCCAUCGUCCUAUCCGUUGGGGUGAACUUUGGGCUUUUUCUCAAUAUCGUUCACAUCUUGCUGAGGAAGCUGGAGCCAGCCCAGGGCAGCCCCCACACCCGGUCUCAGUACUGGCGUCUGUCCAAGUCAACACUCCUCCUCAUCCCACUCUUUGGAGCUCACUAUAUCAUCUUCAACUUUCUACCUGACAACACUGGGCUGGGUGUCCGCCUCCCCUUGGAGCUGGGACUGGGCUCCUUCCAGGGCUUCAUAGUGGCCGUCCUGUACUGCUUCCUCAACCAAGAGGUGAGGAUUGAGAUCUCCCGGAGGUGGCAUGGCCAGGACCCUGAACUGCUGCCAGCCCCGAGGACCCACGCCAAGUGGACCAUGCCUGCUCGCUCAGGGGCCAGAGUGCUGACGUCUGUGUGCUAGACCGGGAUCCACACCCCAAUCUGAGCUGCCGUGGGCCCACCAGUGCCUGGAGCAAGAAGGAUCCACACCCCCGCCCCCAGCUACGACUCAGCUCUGGACCAGCAGCCCUUUCUGCCUGCUGGGCACCCGGCUCUUUGCUCCAGGUUCCUGAGCUCCUCUGACUCCUGUCUCUUUCUCUCCUGCUCUUUCUCAUGUCUGGGUCGUCACCUAGGGCUAGAGGAGCCUGUGAGCCCCACACAGGACGGGCAGCACAGCUCACCUGUGCACCUGCUUUGUCGUGCACAGGACCUGGAUUUGGAUGGGACCCCACCACACCGGAGGAAGCUCUUCUGUGCUGCGUAUCUUGCCUUCUCUCCCUCUGUCUUUCUGUCUCUUUCUGGGGGAAAAAACAAACAAAAGCUUGGCUCAGAGUGUUGAAACCCAGGUGGUGACCAAAUAAAAAUAAGUUCUUGCAAAUCAGGAGACACACCUGUCUGCCACCUGUGAGUGGAAUACUGCCCACACCUGUUCAAGGGGAGGCCCGCAGCUCUCAGU